GGAGGGAGAUGAGGGCUGGGGUGGUGUUGGUCAGUGUACUGCUGCUGCUACUCAACCCUGUGGGACACAGCAACACAGUUUGUCACACACACAGCACCACUUUGCUCGCACCCACGCGGGCAGGAGACAGACGCAGAGAGAGGGGAGAGAGUUCGGGGCCGGCCCGCAACAAUGGCUCUGGCGCUCAGGAGUUGGGUAUUUAACGAAGUGUGGAAGCACUGCAGCCUGAUGCUGUGGAUGGCUGCCACCACCUUUGUCUUCUGCCGCACGUUUCUGCUCUAUUACUACGGCCCAGAGUACUACUACCUGCACAAGAUGCUGGGGCUAGGAUUGUGCCUUAGCCGUGCCUCGGCUUCCGCAAUCAACCUCAACUGCGCCCUCAUCCUGCUGCCCAUGUGCCGCACCACGCUGGCGCUGCUGCGGGGAUCACGGAGGGUGACGAGUCGCGGAACCCGGAGGCUUCUGGAUCGGAACAAAUCAUUCCACGUCGCGUGCGGGAUCGCCAUCGCCCUGUUCACAGGCUUGCACUGUGCAGCACACAUGGUCAAUGCCUGGAACUUCUCCGCCCAUCACUCAUCGCAGUUCCCAGAAAUAAAUGUCGUGCGAUAUCGAAACGAGGAUCCAAGGAAAAUCCUUUUCACAACGGUCCCAGGUGUUACGGGAAUCCUCAUGGUCGUCAUCCUCUUCCUCAUCGGAACUUCAUCCACUCGACAGAUCAGAGUGACUUCCUACAACGUCUUCUGGUACACCCACAGCCUCUACCUCAUCUUCUUCCUGCUGUUGCUGCUGCACGCGACCGGUGGAGUUCUCAAAGUCCAAAUAAACCUCCUGGAACAUCCGCCGGGAUGCGAUACCCACGGGCGGCCCGGCAACGCCACAUCGCUUCCCGGCGUUGGCAUUCCCGAGCCCCUUCCCGAAGGAUUUGCCGAGCCGGAGCCAGGGAUGGCGAAGAACUCCGGGGUGGAAUGCCGUGAGCUGCCCAGAUUUCAGUCGCAAAUUCCCGAGGCCUGGCUGUGGGUGUCGGGCCCAUUGUGCCUCUACUGCGCCGAGCGAGUCUACCGCCUCAUCCGCAGCAGCCGGGCGGUCACCGUCACCUCGGCCGCUCAGCACCCGGGCAACGUCCUGGAGAUCCGCAUGCUCAGGCCGGGCUUCACCGCCCGGCCGGGCCAGUACGUGCUGCUACAUUGCCCAAGUGUCUCAACGUUUGAGUCUCAUCCAUUUACCCUCACAGAGUGCCCACCAGACUCUAAAGGGAACUUCGCCAUCCAUUUGCGAGUGCUUGGCGACUGGACAGCUUCUCUCCGAGAUCAGCUGAUCAGAAACCAGAACCCAAAUAUGGAGUAUCUACGCACAAGCCCCGCUCCUCCUCGUCAGCACCCAAAGCUGUACAUAGACGGGCCCUUUGGGAGCCCAGCGGAGGAGGUGUUCAACUACCGCGUAAGCCUGUGCGUCGCCGGAGGGAUCGGGGUGACGCCAUUCGCCGCUGUGCUCAACGCGCUGCUGCAGCAGUGGGCCGGCGUGCGCCUGCGGCGGCUCUACCUCGUCUGGGUCUGCAAGGAGGCGCGCGACUUCGGCUGGCUGGCGGCGGUGCUCACGGCGCUGCACGCCAAGCUCUGGCGGGAGAACCGGCCAGACUUCUUCAGCGUGAGGCUUUUCACCACGAGGUCGGGCGCGCUUGAGACGCUGGAAGACAAAUAUCACGCUCUGAAUUCACGAAUGUCCGUGGGCAGACCCUGCUGGCGAGCGCUAUUCAACGAGAUCGCGCAGUGCAACCAAAGGACGUCGGUCGGCGUCUUCUGCUGUGGACCCCAGAAGAUGUCGAGAGCCGUGCACCGGACUUGCAACCGGUGUAACGCGCACGGCACGAGCUUCCACUACAACAAGGAGUCCUUCGGCUGAGCCGGCGACCCAGGGCGGCGUCACGGGGCCGGGGUGGGAGGGGGGGGUGGAGGAGCGACCUGCUGGAGGCCUCGGAGAUCCGUGGGAGCGUGGAGCGACCACCGCUGCCCCAGCCGGACUCUUGCGGACGAGACAAAAAACACAACCGCUCCGAUCAGUAGAAAAGUCGCCGUGUAGAUUUGCCUUCCCUGAUCGUUCGGUUCGGAUGGGGGCGUCCGUCCGUCCGAGGCUGUGGGAUGAAUCCGACUGUUGAUUCCAUCGUUCGUUGGGCCAACCUGGCACAUCGGCUUGAGGCUCAAUUCUCACGACAGCAGCUGCUGCCACCGGGGUGACCUGUGCGGGAGGCUUUGCUCGGUUUAACUCGCCAGUCUCGUCACGAUUGCACCGCUGUCGGCUUCGCAUCGUUACGCGACGAAGAAUCCGUUCGGGUCUCUUGCGGCGAGCAGCGCGGCCCCCUGCCGCGUUGUUAGAGAAAGGAACCCGCGGAAGCGGACAUCGCAGAGCCGCCUUUGAGAUCCCUCCUUCAAGCGACCUCUGACCCACGCGCUCGGUAGAGGGCAGCACUCUCCACGCUGCCCUGCUAAGGAAAGCAUUUACCAGGGGACUCCCUUAUACACACAGGCGGUCCCCGACUUUAACGACGUCACAGCGGGUUCCUGGAAACCCCGUGGCCGUAAAUCGGAUCGUCUAAAAUCCGAGCCUUAUUUUCCCAUGGACAGUAGAAGAAAGUAGAGGCGUCACUCGCCGAUCUUCCAUUUCAUCAGCCGUAUUUAAACCGUGCUUGAGAGGUGAACAUUCGCACAAACACUCGAGAAACAACGAAACCUCCACCGCCAAGCAGCGUCGGAAACCGGACCGACUGACUGUUCAAAUGCGUUCGGGAGUCGUGUCGGAAGACGCGUCGUAAAUCAGGUGCCCGCGUCGUGAAUCGAUCCACGGUGGCAUUAUUUGAAUGUGGAUCGUCGUAAAAUUGGACCGUCGUAAACCAGAGGCUGCCUCUAUUCAACUUUAAAGACUGAACUGUGGUCAGUGAGAAUGAUAAUUUUCUUUGCUCCACCCUUAGGAGGCACUGUGACCUGAACAUGCAGACAACCAUUUGGUAUAGUUUCUUAAAGAUGGCUCAAACGACAUUACUCAUUUUAAAACGUGGACUAUUUAUUUUCUAGUCAGGGACAGAGCACUGACCGCACCUCCCUCCUCCUUACACGGCGGUGUGCGGGGCCGGCUCCGUGCCUCCGGCCCGGCCAUCAACUGGAGUUCUGUGAGAAAGAGCUUUGUAGUUUAUAUCGGAUUACUCCGGUAUAAAUACAUAUUCUGAUUAUUCUGAACGUCCCUACUCCACUUGGCCAAUUCCCCCCCCCCCCCCCCCCACUUGAUUGAGUUCCCAGCCAGCCACGUUCUCCACUUCGGUUCUUGCACAGGUGACAAUCGUUCUAGUGUCGCGACAGGUCCAACAUUGUCAUCCACCGGCAGUUUCCAGAGAAUAUUCAAUUCUCAACUUAAACAAAGUAUAUAUAUUUUUUUUUUACAAGCGGGCAUUCACCAAAUACACGCGCGCACGUGAAUGUAAGGUACUGUUUGCGAGCGCCUAUUAGCGAAAGCCUUGAGUGCCUAAUCAGCCGGGGAUAUCUGGCGUUGCCGCGAUGUGAGUUUAUGCGAUGGCAAUUAUCACGAGACCGGUUUCCCAGGGCCGAGUCAUUGCAUUUGGCAAUUUUAUUUGAAUAUUUUUUUGUGCUGCGCAACCGACUUCCGAUCGCCGUUCACUCAAAAUAAAAUGUUGCGCGUUUUGUUUGUUGUCCUUCCUCCCCCCAGCACCUCCGAUUAGCGCGGUUGGCUAUGUACGGUGCGAAAGAAGUUCAACAUACACACACAUGCAUACAACAUUAGCUGGCCACGAGUCUCACAGCGUACAGGCGCACGUCGUCAAAUACACGAGGCGUAGUUGCUGGCUUCGCCGGAUUAUAAGACGCACUUCUUACCCUUGUCAUUUAAAAACAACAGCUGUGGGUGCUUCUCAUCAUUUGCUUUGUGUGUGUGCGCGCGCGUGUGUGUCUUUGUACUAUGCUGAACUUCUUUCGCACCCUACGUAGCCAACCGUGCUAAUCGGAGGUGCGGCGUGUUCGCGUGUCUUUGUGAGGUGCUCGUGCACAGCACUUGCCAUAACUGUCUGUUAAAGGCUAUAUGGGGGAACUUUGUCUUUGUUACCGUAUGUCUUCGUGUGUGUGUAGCGCUUAGCGCGCUGCGCUACGAACCCGGACACCCAAGUUCAAUUCCCGCUCAC